AUGGCGCCUCGUUCUGUGAUUGCUGGUGUCUUUUUAGGCGCCCUCGCCCUCACAGCCUCGGUCUCGGCUCAGGUGGUCGAACAAGUUUCGUCGGACUCGCAGUCUGGAGCUCCGCUCUUCACGAGUGAGACCCUUCAAUUGACCGACCAGGCACUGGCGAGCGUAAACUCGAACCAGUCCGCUCUGUUCCAGUUCAAAAAUUCCUCCAGUUUGUCCACUCGGACUGUGGGUGGGUGCAAGGUCUUCCCUGGCGACUUCUGGUGGCCGUCGACUUGGGUGUGGUCGCUCUUUGACAAGUUCCUCGGGGGUGCGCUCAUCAAGACAAUCCCUCUGGCUGCCUCCUGCUAUUCAUCCUGGCCCGAAUAUGAUGCCAAUGAGUGUGCGGUCAUCACUGAUGACUGGACCAACUCCAACCUCCACGCUGCCGAUGCUGCCUCUGUGAUGUGGCCCCUCUUCGAGGGCAGGACUUGUCUGCCCACGACCAACGCCUCUGGAUCCUGCACGGUGGGUGGCUACAGCAGCUACGCUGUUAAUGCCACCACCGUGGCUCAAAUCCAGCUGGCUGUCAACUUUGCCCGUAAUGCUGGUCUCCGUUUCGUUGUCAAGAAUACUGGUCACGACUUUAACGGCAAGUCCACCGGUGCGGGCGCUCUGGGUAUCUGGACCCACCACCUGAAGGAGAUUGACUACAUUGAGAACUACCAAAGCUCCAGCUACCAGGGCCCCGCUGUCAAGAUGGGUGCUGGUGUGCAGGCCCACGAGAUUUACGAGAAGGCAAAUGAGCUUGGAUUCACCGUUGUGGGUGGUGAGGGCAAGACUGUCGGUGUUGCUGGUGGUUACGUGCUCGGCGGUGGUCACUCGCCCUUGUCCAGUAUCUACGGUCUGGCUGCUGAUCAAGUCCUCGCCAUGGAGGUGGUCCUGGCCAACGGUCGCUUUGUCACCGUGACCGAGGAGAGCAACCCCGAUCUCUUCUGGGCCAUCCGUGGUGGCGGUGGUGGCACCUUCGGUGUUGUCACCUCCGUCAUCUCCCGCGUCCACCCCAAGGUCGGCGUGACUGUGUCCACCUUCAGCUUCGCCACUGGCUCCGGUGUCUCCGUGGAUACUUUCUGGGCCGGUGUCCGCUCGUACAUGGAGCGCUUCCCUGCGCAUGCCGAUGCUGGCACCUACGCUUACUUCUGGGUGUUGUCCCUCGGCAACGACUCAUUCCUGUUCCUGAUGAACCCCUUCUUCGCCGUCAACCACACCCUCGCCGAGUACAAUGCCCUUGUGCAGCCCUGGUACGACGAACUCUCCUCCCUAGGCAUCUCCAUGGCCCCAAACUCCACCUACUACGACAACUUCUAUGAUGCCUGGAUGGCCGGCUUCCCGUUGGAGACCGUCGCCAUCUCCACGAUGAUGACCGGCUCCCGCCUCUUCCCCCGCGCCAACUGGGAGACCGACUCCCUGUUCAACGCCACUUUCAAUGUUCUCCGCUCCACCAUCUCCGCUGGUUACUCCGUUCUUGCCUUCAACAUGAAGGCCGAGCUGCCGGAGGGUUACACCGACAACGCCGCUAACCCGGCAUUCCGCGAUACCCUCAUGCACGCCAUCACCUCCACCAGCUGGGACGCUGACGCCAGCAACGCCGACAUCAAGGCGAACAUGGAUUACUUUACCAACACUAUCAUGGGUCAGUGGCGUGCUACUUGCCCCGACGCGGGCGCCUACAUGUCCGAGUCCGACAUCCAGGAGCCAAACUUCCAGCAAGCGUUCUAUGGAUCUAACUACGCUCGUCUUUACAAGUUGAAGCAGCUCUACGAUCCUACUGGUCUGUUCUACGCUCCUACCGCUGUGGGCAGUGAGAACUGGGACGUUAACAGUGUGGACGGUCUUCCUGAUCAGAAUGGUCGGUUAUGCCCUGUUUAA